ACACACCAAUAUCAGGCUUAGUAGCAAACGCUUUUAGUGGUAUAUAUAUUUAUUUACAAUAAUUCUCUCCCUCUGGUCAACUGUGGAACGCCAAGAGUAAAUGUAUUUAAUAAAUAAUACUCCAGUAAUUACACGAAAUACGAAAAUGUUUUUAUUACAUUAGAUUUCUUCAUUAUAAAUCGUAUUAGCCUCCAAUUAAAGGGGCAGGAACAAAAGAAAAAGUUUUGUAACUAGAGUAUACCAGCAAAUCCAAGUUAGAGUCUAGUUGAAAGGUCGUGAGCGCCUACCUCACCUGUAGGAUAUAGUAACUUUCAAUCGGAUUUAUGGUUAAUGCAAACAUUAUAAAGCAUGCUAUUUAAGUUAGAUUAAAUACAUAACGUCUUGCUUUAGGAGGCAGAUUAUUUCCACAGCACAACAGAUACAUGCCGAAGUCCGGCAGGCUACUUUCACGACAAUUAAGCAAGUCAGAGUGAGCUAAAAAGUGCGGAAGUGACAUCAUAUUUCCCGGCCGUAUUCCGUAAACUGCGCAGUUAACUGGUUAAAAAAGUCCCAUGAUCCUCAUAAACCUCGAUUACAAGUUUACAAGUUACAACACGACGGUAGCCGGCUACGACUAAUGAACAUCACCCUUUUUUGGUGAGACCGAAAAACACUCCUGCGAGCUUCUGAUCAAUGACGUCCAGUCGGACCACGCUACUGGGGGCGCGUCGAUUGGCCAGUGGCACCUGGGCUCAUGACAACAACUGUCAGGUUCCAUCCAAUCCCCAGCCUCACUGGUUUCCAUACACUGUUUGUGGAUUACGUCAUAAGCAGAGAAUUAAGAUCGUAUCUGUCAAUGGAACCUACAACAGUGUCAGUCGCCACCUUGAGGCAGCUCACGACAGAGUAAAAUGGACAAAAAGCAGUACUUAUCAGUGGAGAACAUGGACCCUGCGUUAUCGGAGCUCGCAGAGGAAUUUUCUCUGGGCGAUAUCGAUGAGAUGCUCCAGUUUGUCAGCAACCAAGUAGGAGACUUCCCCGACAUCUUUGAAGAUCAGUAUCUCAGAGGCUCUGCUAAGAAUGGGGAAGCCAGUGCUCCACAGCCAGCCACCCCUGCUCCUCCUCCAGCCGCCCUCCCGCCCAGCCUCACCGCGACCACCGUCCAGUGCCUCACCCCACCCCAAACCCCCGUACAGGUCGUGGCCCCCAAGCUGCUGCCAGUGCGUCCCUCUCCUGUCCUCCACCCGCGGCCUCAGUCCAUCCUGCACCUGCAGCCUCAGCAGAUCCACAAGGUGGCGCUCCAGACACAGGCCGUCCCGGCUCACAGCCCAGGGUUUGCCGUGCAGACUCAGCCCGUGCCGCUUCAGAGCCACGCUCAGGCUCAGACGGUGAUGUUCGCCCCCAGCCUGACCACGGCCUCCCAGCCCCAGUUCAUCCAGAGCUCUGUUGUCUACCACCAGACUCCCACCCCUGGUUUCCAAGUUCUACAGCCGCAGGUGCAGAACAUCGUUGCGUCACCACAGGUCCAGCCAAUGGCAUUCCAGCAUCAGGGAGUCCUGACACCGGCCAAUCAGACCAUCCAGACUGUGACCACGGCGCAGCCGGUGGUACACGCGGUACCACAACACAUACAGCAGGUCCCGGUCCUGGUGCACCAACCCCAAAUAAUAAAGACAGACUCUCUUGUUCUCACAACUCUGAAAUCUGACGCGACUCAGGUUUUGCCCACCAUGCAUAACCCACCCAGUAUCACUGCACUGACUACCCCCAUCCAGACCACCUCCCUGCAAGUUCCGACCCUAAUGAGCAGCAAUAUCCUCACCACUCUUCCGGUAGUGGUGGGCGGCGGAGACAAACAGGUGUCCCAGGUGAUGUGCCAGGGGGGGAGCAUUGCCAUGGCGACGCAAGACCAAGGAGCUGGGCUGGGGGUGAGCCUAGGGUCAGGGGUCGUGAUGGAGGGCGAGAGGAAGACCACACACAACAUCAUUGAGAAGAGGUACCGCUCCUCAAUUAACGACAAGAUCGUCGAGCUGAGAGACCUGGUUAUGGGGAACGACGCCAAGAUGCACAAGUCGGGGGUCUUGCGGAAGUCCAUCGAUUACAUUAAGUACCUUCAGCAAGUCAACCGUAAAUUACGGCAGGAAAAUAUGACCCUCAAGAUGGCCAAGCAGAAGAGCAAGUCAAUACGCCGGGUUGAGAAUGUGCUGAGGAUGCCAGAAAGGGUAACGAUGUCCCCACCUUUCUCUGACUCGGACUCAAACUCCUCAUGCCAGUUGUCCCCGUACUGCGUCGACUCAGAGUCAGGGACUCCUAUGUCGGAGCACGAGCUGGUGAAGAGUGAGCCAGAUUCGCCGGCCUCGCUGGCAGUGAUGGACCGAUCUCGCCUUCUCCUCUGCUGCCUCACCUUCCUCUGCCUGUCCCUCAAUCCCCUCCCCUCACUCCUCAGGUUUGGGGAGCAGGGCGGGGUGAGCUGGUCCUCAUUAGAAGAUGGGCGUGGAUCCUCCAGGGUGGUACUGAGUCAUCCCAAUCCAAGCCAGACCUUCCCUGGCUGGCUCUGGAGACUCGUGCCCUGGGUGUGCAUGUGGCUGCUGAGCGGCGUGGGCGCCGUCUGGGGCUGCGUCAGGGUGCUGUACCUCUGGGAGCCGGUCACCCCCCUGCACUCGCCCAAAUCCUUCUGCUUCUGGAGGCACCGCAAACAGGCCGACCUGCAUUUGUACAGGGGCAACUUCCCCGCUGCAGAAGCCAGCUUACAGACCUGCCUGUCUCUCCUGUCCAGGACCCUUCCAACCAACCAUCUUGACUUGACCUGUUCGCUCUGCUGGAAUGUGAUUCGCUACUGCCUGUUCUGGCCGCACCCCUUGCGUCAGCUGGUUCACUGGAUUGGAGGGGACCGUGAGUGGGAGGAGUCUCAGACCAGCUCCAGGGACGCAGCUCUGGUGUAUCACAGUCUCAGCCAGCUUCAGCUCACAGGCAUGCUGCCCCAGCACGGUGCCCUGUGGGGACUCUGCCUGUCCCUCAACGCUGUGAAUCUGAGUGAAGGUGCCCAGGGGAAGGUGUCUCCAGCCCAACUGGCAGAAAUCUACAUCAACGCUGCCAUCGCGCUCAAGGCCACACUGGGGCGCCGCUGCUCCUUCCUGCCUGCUUACAUGCUGAGCCGAGCACAGAACACGGCCUGUCAGUCAGACUGCAGGCCCCACCCCGAUUGGCUGCACUGGCUCUCCACACCAUUGGGAAGACAGUUCUUCCUGAGCUGUGAUUGGUCUGUCAGGUCCAGCAGCCUGGAGGACAUGUAUACUUCUCAGAGAGACCCAGCGGACUCCAUUUCCCAGCUGCACCGCUGUUUCUGUCAGAAGCUUCUGGAGCGGGCUGUGUGGGCGCUCAUCCAGCCCCGCCCCCAAAUGGCCGUGCAGGAGAACGACAGCGGGGAGAUCUUCAGUGCCUUGGAGCGUCUUCAGCUUGUGGACAGCUGCACGGAGGAGACACGCACACCUUCUGUCUCCUCCUCACCCACAGUUGGAGACCCCUUGUGCAGGUGGUGGGUGGCCGUCCUAAAGGCGGCUUCCCAUUGGCUGCAGGGUGACGACGUGGCCGCGAGCACGUCCCUAGCAGGUGCCGAGCGCAUGCCCAGAGUUCUGCACGAGCUCAGCCAUCCUUUACCCAAAGCCGUGCUGCAGAUGUGCAAAGCUGCACGGCUGAGCCUGACCGUGCCGAGCAGCCAGGGGGCGCUGGCGUGCCUGUCCCACUGUGAUCAGGCCGGUGGGCAUCUCUGUGCUGGCAGUUCUGUGGCUCUGGUUCAAACUGGCGACAGGCUCAGUAAGGGGGUAGAGCUCCUGGUGUGUGACUUCCUGCUCACCCUGAGGACCAUGGUGUGGCAGCGUGGCUGCGUCCCUGGUGGCGAUCCAGGCCCUGUUUCCUCCUACCAGCUAGCUGGCUUCCAGAGAGACCUCAGCUCAAUGCGCCGACUGGGCCAGUACUGCAAACAAGCACAGGGCAAGCUGUUUCUGCACGAGACGACCGUGCGGCUGAUGGCGGGGGCCAGUCCCAUGCGCACUCACCGGCUACUGGACCACACCCUGAGGCGGCCGACUCCCUCCCGCAGCUGCGGUGCAGAAGGUGCCCUGGGUGAGCAGGAGAGGGCCCGUGCCAUCCUACUGGCCUGCAGCCACCUACCUGUGCCGCUGCUGCCCCCCCCAGGGCAGGGAGCGCGGCUGCUGUCGGAGGCCAAGCGCACACUGGAGCGCGCGGGGGACCGGCGAUCUCUGCGUGACUGCCAGCGAGUGCUGCUGCGGCUGGGGGGGGGCACCGCCAUGGCCGCCUCUUGACUGCUGCUUCAGAAGAACUUCCUCGUCCAUGACACUGCAGGAAGUGUCGCACCAACGACACCAUCAAACUCACUGUGCACAUAGGCUUGUGAACACCCAAAGGACGGGUACUGGUGGUGGUGGUGGUGGUAAAGGGGAGGGAGCACGGGGGACUGAAUAAAAAUCAUUGGGAGAUCAGAAGACUUCCACCCCCCCCCCUCUGGGAGGCUCUGAGCUGCACAGGCUUUUCCCAACCCUGAACACAGCAAAACAAAAGCAGUUUGCACCCACAGAAAUACAGCUCAACAAAAUUGAAUUCCGGGUCAAAAGAUUCAGCUUAAAAUUACGGCACUAAGCUGUCUAAGUUAUUGCAUUAAGACAUAUCAAAGACAUGGCAUAACGCCAUAGAUACUGAAGGCAGAUUUAUCCAGUUGGUAAGUUUAAUUAUAUGUGAUUGUACAUGUCUAUAAUUCAAUGUGUAAUUCUGCGUGGAGAAGCAGUCUAAUGUCUCUGCCAGGAAAGUAUGACAGGGAAAGAGAAUGGAUCACAUCAGGACAGGUCCGCCUGGCAACGUUCUGUAACCUUCUGUGAAUUACGGGUCUGCUGACCAAACCAAAUGCACUUGAAUGUCUCCAUUUUGGUGUUGACCUUAGAUCCCCUCAUGUCAGUGAAGGCCCAACAGUGUUUCAAUCAAAUUAGAAGGAUGUUCUAAAAAAUUAGGUGACAGUUGGAGCUUCGAGCCCUAUGUGGAGUCUUACUUUUUGUAUUAUUAAAGCAAAUGUACAAGGCUGUAUCAUUAUAGCAGGAUAUCAUAGGAAGUUUUGCAGUUGUCGUGGCCUUUUUAUUCCUUGAAAUAAAUAGCUGAACUUGAAAUUAGAAUUAA